UCUUGAGGAGAUACCGAACGCAAUCCUCGGUUGGUGAUGACUGACAACAAUUUGAGCGCAUCAGAAUGAGAUUACCGGAUUUCAAGUGAACCCGAGUCACGUCGGCUUUGGGCUAUAAAUACUGGAGCGGGGCUAGAAGAGCUGUCGGACUAAUGUUCGCCGUGCCGGGUUGUUUUUAAGAAGCAAAGCGCGCUGUAGCCUGAUGGCCGGCUAGCUGCCGUGUGGACCCGCGGCCUGCUCGGGAGGAGGAAGGGUGGUGACGGCGCAAAAUGCUCCACUACCCCUGACGGCUAUCCAAGACAGAGACUCGCUUCGAGUUGAACGACGAGCACAAUGCACCUAUAAUUUUUCCAAGUUGUGAAAUUUUCAGAUUUUAUAUUUUUUUUAUUUUAAAUUUUUCUUAAUUUUAUUUUUUUGCGGGGUGAUUUCGAGGCUCCGUGAAUGCCCGUGGCGCGUGCCCUGAAUUCCCAGCCCGCGACAUGUCAUCCAACUGCACCAGCGCAGCGCCUGUCAGCGCUAGCAAAACCAAGACGAAAAAGAAGCAUUUUAUCGGGCAGAAAGUCAAAUUGUUCCGAGCAAGCGAACCCAUCCUCAGCGUUUUAAUGUGGGGUGUGAAUCACACGAUUAACGAGUUAAGUAAUGUGCCUGUACCCGUAAUGCUGAUGCCAGAUGAUUUUAAAGCCUACAGUAAGAUCAAAGUGGACAACCACCUAUUUAACAAAGAAAACCUUCCUAGUCGCUUUAAGUUCAAAGAAUAUUGUCCCAUGGUGUUCCGAAACCUGCGGGAGAGGUUUUGCAUCGAUGACCAAGACUACCAGAACUCUCUUACGCGGAGUGCUCCCCUCAACAGCGACUCUCAGGGUCGCUUUGGCAGUCGCUUCCUCUCCAGCUACGACCAUCGAUUUGUUAUCAAAACUGUGUCCAGUGAGGACAUCGCUGAGAUGCACAACAUCCUAAAAAAAUACCACCAGUUUAUAGUGGAGUGUCACGGCAACACGCUGCUCCCUCAAUUUCUGGGUAUGUACAGGCUAACUGUGGACGGGGUGGAGACGUACAUGGUAGUGACCCGGAAUGUAUUCAGCCAUCGCCUCACUGUCCAUCGCAAAUACGACCUGAAGGGUUCCACAGUCGCAAGGGAAGCGAGCGACAAGGAAAAGGCGAAAGAGCUCCCCACUUUGAAAGAUAACGACUUCCUGAAUGAAGGCCAAAAGCUGCAAAUAGGAGACGACAACAAGAAGUACUUUUUGGAGAAGCUAAAACAUGAUGUUGAGUUCUUGGCCACUCUCAAGAUCAUGGAUUACAGUCUUCUAGUGGGGAUCCACGACGUGGACCGAGCAGAACAGGAGGAGAUGGAUGUGGAGGCUGGUGCAGAUGAGGAAGAGUAUGAGAAUGACGGGAUGUGUGGAGGCGUGCUCACUGGUUCCUUUGGCACACCACCUGACAGCCCAGGAAACCCUCUUAACUGUGGAUUCUUUGGGCCCGGGGACUUUGACCCCUCUGUUGAUGUUUACGCAAUCAAGAGCCAUGACAGUGCUGUCAAAAAGGAGGUGUACUUCAUGGCGAUCAUCGACAUCCUCACACAUUAUGAUGCGAAGAAAAAAGCUGCACAUGCUGCCAAAACUGUGAAACACGGGGCCUCCAAUGUCCUUAACAACCCACCCCCGACACCCACAUCCAAUCGCAUUCAGGUGUCAGUGAGUUGGGAGUGGGACAGUGCGUGCACGUCUCUGCUCAAGCUCUGCUCACUGUUGGCUCAGCCGGCAAGACGGGAGGAGAGAUGGCAGUUGGAUUGUUCCUUUGACACGUUCAGCGUUCAUUUUGACAAUAAAGAGGUUAUUCAUAGACUAUGGGUUGCCUUUGUCAUUGUGUAAGCAGACGCUGCGGUAGCUUGUCUUGUUACCGUUACGAGAGCGCGUUUGGUGCUAGCUAGCGUUAUCAGUUUUCAGACGGGCGCGCAUACAGACACAGUAUUUCCCCUACACAGGAUUUACUUAGCGGGCCGCCUAAGUAAAUUGACAGCCGGCCAAGAUUAUGAAACUAGAAUUGCCCCCCACCCAUAAAAAAACCAAAACACACAUGAUCAUACAGUACAGAAAGAAAAAGCUCCACUCUGUCUGCCUCACAGCCCUGAACAGUUAUUAGCCAGGCUAGCUAGCUAGCGUCUCUAGUCGCUAGAUUAUUACGUCUGAUAAUGCAUACAAAACGACAGCGUGGCACGACAUGGUGCCUGUGAUUAGCCAGGCUAGCUAGCAACAUUGUUUUUGUUGUUGUUGUUUUUAUUUAUUUAUUAUUAUUAUUAUUAUUAUUUUAAACCUGUCCUGUUCAGUUGCAUGGCCUUGCAGAAUGGUGAAUCUGUAUGCCUUUGCGCUGGAACAGUUUAGCUGUGCAACAGCGGAGUCUGAAAUGCUCCCUCUGCGUGCUUAUUAAUUAAUUUAUUUAUUUAUUAAUGAUUCUGAUGUUUAUUGAAAAUGCAGCCGGACAGAAAAGGGUUUUAGGGGACAGGCAGAGGGAAGAGUGGAUAAGGGGACUAGGUGUGAGGACCACAGCAGAACAAUAGUGAGACAGUCUAGAUAUUUGAACACAAGUCACAUUACAACAGUCAUUUGUAGAUGGGGGUUGGUGGGGGCAUGCAAUAACUAACCAAGAGAACAAGAUGAGAGACAAAGGCAGUCGUGCGUAGGUAUCCUUCAAUGCAAUAAAACUGGGGUCGGCAACUAAUUAGGCCUCGGACAAAAACUCAAUUGCAGGCUAAAAUUGCAUUCUCAUCAGGCAAACCCUGCUUUUCCUACUAAAAAAACCCAAAAAAACCUUCUUUUUCUCAUUUGCACUCUAUAUCAUGUACAAAACAUAAUUUAAUGAAUUUAGGUUAUUAAUUCUCGUGCCUGGGAUGUGUGUGCCCCCCCUCCGGUGUUUCCGAAAUUGUCCUUCACGAGUAAGAGCAUGUGAGAGCUGAAUGUUCGACGAAUAUCAAACGUCCGGCUAACUUUGUCUCGCUCAUUCCUAACCACGCCGAGGACAAACUAAUCGUCAGAUUAACAUCAAACUUCACGGGAAACAAGAAUAACGGUAGUUCAUCACAUCAAUAUACCUGUCAAUCGCGUCAAAAUCCAACGAAUGUGUGAUUUUUGGAUGCCGAAAUCGAGGAACAUUUUGAUUUGGAUCAUUUGUUUCUCUUUCUGUGAAGCGCCUUCGAAACAUGUCAUGUGAAAACGGCCAGUGGCGCGAAACGGUUUGGGGGCCGCUUUUAUUUUAUGCCAGUGCAAUGUAAAUAGUAACAAUUGUAAUGCCUUUGAUUAGAGUUGAGUUAUGAUGUACUUUAUUGCCGGAGAAGGAAAGGACAAGCAGAAACGUUGCACUUUCUCCGUCGCAUCACAUUGCUCGCUCUCCCGCCCAUUCAAUGGAUCUGAGCAUUAGCUGAGCGGAAGUGAUGCGGCGGCAACGUCACCCCCGAGGAUGUAGGCGCUUGUUGCAUUUCUGCCCCGACAAAUGGACGUAAGGAUGCCUGUGACACUAGUUCGAUGUAGUGUUUUCAACUAGCUGAACACCCUGUUCAUUUAGUCAUCUGCGGAGAACACCAGGUCGGCCUUUAUUUGUCAUCUGACCAUGUUUUCACAAAUACAGACUCUAAACACUGUAUAUGAGUUAGAAUUCUAUUUAAUAACAAGUCGUAAUAAUGGGCGCACGGUGUAUAUUGGUUAGCACGUCUGCCCGCUGGAUUCAAACCUUGACGCAGGCCUUCCUCGUGAGGAAGUCGCACGUUCUCUCCGACCUUGUGCGGCUUUUCACCGGGUACUCCGGCUUCUUCCUAAAUUCCCAAACCGCAUGGCCUUAAGUUUGCUUUCGGUGCAUUUGGUCAUCAUUCUCAUU